AGUUAAUUGAAUCAACAAACAGUGGUCAACAGGUUUGGCAGUUAAAGAACACCGAUCAUUCCUUCCAUUUUUAAGAGCGUUUGAGGGACUUUUCACCAUGUAUCCUUCAGGUGUUGCAAGUGUCUUCUUCUUCAGUUUGUUUCUUCAAGGCCUCCCAAGGGUUACGUGUGGUGAGCUUCGGUUAUUCUACUUAUUUUUGACUCAUCCUUAAAACAGGCUAUAGUUUGACUUAAAAAUGGCUGGAAGUUCAAAGUUCCAAACUCUUUUUGAGCAGGGCAACCAAGCGAAGCGUCGUUUCGUCUCUUCACUCGGGUUGCAGAUAACUUUCUCAUUUUACUCCUUCGAAAUCGCGAACGAUUUGUUUAAGAGAGUCUUUAAGUCUUUUCUCCCAUGCCUAGGUUAGCUGCGAUAAAAACUGCGCAAGACAACUAACUCAUAUGUACAUGUUUAUCCCGCUUGAUUAUGAUCUCACUAACUAAAGAAUCUGAUGCAGAAGACAAGGGACUAAAUUUUAGCGUUUUGCCAUCACUGGCUACAAUCAUGUCUUAGCUUCUAAAGCCUUAAUUCAUGUUGUUAACUGUUUGCAAACAAUUUGGGCCAACCAUUUGACUGCUUGCAGAUAGUGUUUCAGUGAACAAUUAGAUAUGACGUUAUCUCCUUGUUUUAUUCGUAAGGUUUUUUUCUGUCGGAUUUUGUCAUGCAAAUGCAAAUCAAGCUUCUACACGGUAUUGUCCACUAUGAUGUACCUGUUCGAUAACAAGUAGCUUCUAGUCAAUAUAUAAGGACUAUUGAGACCCAAUCAGACUCCAUUACUUUAAUUGGAUAAGGUAUACCAUCCUCAAAACCGUUAUAUUUCCGCUAGCAGUCCUAAACUUGUUUCUUACACUUUUUUUAGCAUUUCACUCUUUAAUUUAACGUAUUUUUUUAAUUAGAGGAUAUUGGAACAGUUGAGUACAUUUCCAUUGGUGUUUCGUUGGGAUUAGCAGUCUUCAUCGUAGUUUUUCUUGCUUUCUUUUGGUGGCGCGUACAAAAUGCCUACCCACUGGAAGCUAGAAGCAGAGAUACAGGAAUCGUAAGUACAGUCCUCGCUAAAGGUUUCACUAAAAUCAAUUGAAUAAAAUUUAAUAUCCCAUCCCAAUUAAGUAACACCUAACACGCACUUUUCCGAGUCUCCUGACACUUCGCCAUUUAAGGGUAUCUCUAAGCAUUUGAGCACAUACUGUAAAUUCUCGAAGAGCAUCCUGCCAACCAUCUCCAAACCAUCUCUUGAGUCAAUUUCCUGAUUUCACACUGGCAUGCAUCGAAUUCAGCCUUAAAGCCUUUUUUUCGUUUAGUUCUACUCUUUUUCUUCCAAAUCUAGCCAAGAUUUCAUUCAACCAAAAAUGGCUUCAUAAAGGUUGUAGCAAGAGAGAAUUUUGGUUCAAUAAAUGUGUGAGAGUUUGUGGACGAUUUUUCGAAUGUUUUUAAUGAAUAAAAAUUGGGGGGGAGUGUUUAAACUUAUAGAAAAUUAGAAAAUAUUGGAUUUGGGGUUGUUGAAAAUUAAAACACGAAAGGAAUAAUUAGUAUACAAAUAUCAGAUAGUCCAACCCCACAACAAGGUGCUUCUGAUCCCAUUAACAGACUAACUUGUUUAUGUGCAGACCUUUUCUAUUCUGAUUUCUUUUCCCUCAAAUCAACAUCAUACGCCCUAGAAACAACCCGCGGAAUGCCCUCUCAAAUGUGCCAGAUUGUCCUUACAAAACGUUCUUUAGUCAAAAGAACGUCGUCCUUUUGCAUUGUCUGUUAUCUCGACGAUGUUCUUCAAGAGCCAUAGCCAUCUGUUUUUCUUAGAAAAAUCAAUAAAAUGAACUAAAAAUUGAAGGAACUGGUUUUCACUGCCACCUUUAAAAAUAAAAGUGGAAACCAUAAAAGAAUUUAAGAGAUGAUAGAUGAAGAAUCUCACCAAGAUGAGCAAGGGGUAUAAUAUCCAUAGAAACGCUUAACCAAAACUUGUAGAGUGUGGUGACACCAUGUAGAGGGAGGGGGAGGGGGGCUUUGGAAAGGAAACCAACUUAGUGCAUGCAGGAGACCAACGGAGGUCAAAAGCUUACCAAGAUUUUAGUCAAUGAGAUAAACACUUAAAGCAAAAGACACACUCGAACACCAACUACUGAUUGAAUGCAUGCACACACCCGUAUCACCCGAGUAGCAAUAGACAGCUAGCUGUUUCCACCUUGACUUGUACUCAUCAGCACGGCAUAUCCUCUGAGGGGGUACUCCCCUAUAAUAGUGACAGGAGUGCUCGUCGUACCAUUUGUGGAUUGAUACCGCUUGGGGUGCUAUGAUCUAAGAUGACUGCUGCCAGAGUUGUCUCGGUACCUUUUAGGAGCCUGGGGUAAGGUUAUCGCCAAGGGUUAUUGAUCCAAAAAACGUUUUUGUGCCAGUUAUAUAAUUAGUUGUUGUUGAAUUGGUACCUCUUAGGGGUGGAAAUGAAUUUGGGACACGCCUAUAAAACAAGAUUCUGGUACCUAGUAGGAGUGUUCUCGAAAUUUUCCGACGAGCACCCCUGUAACUUUUAAAGGGGAGUAACUUCCCCGGGGGGGGGGGGGCGUACCUUAGGACAAAAGCUAGAGCGAAAAGUCCAGCAGUGAUAUAACUCUGCUCAUGAUUUGGAUAUUAAUUGGCCAGGCUGCGGGGGUUGGUUUUCGAGUGUGUUACCUGCUGUAAGGCCAUGUUCACACUUUACCAGAUAGCUUUUAGUACCGACACGAAAUGCUAUUCCGUAUAACAUAAACAGCAGCGGCACAUGAACUGAACAAGUCGUUCACACACAUCGAACAUCAUCAUCAUCAUCAUCAUCAUCAUCAUCAUCACCACCAUCAUCAUCAUCAUCAAUCUUUAUUUAUGCACGAAAUCGUAUCACUUUUACGUGGUCUUCCUAGGAAUCGUGUUUAAAAUUAUACUAAAAUAUUCUAAGAAACUACUUGACUAUAAAGGUAAAAAUACAAGAACUUAUAUUAUAACAAGAGUUACAAUGAGUCAUAGUGUAUUAAGAUAAUCUUUCCGUACAUCGUGGUUAGCCAAGAGAGUUUGGUGAACUAAGAAGGACUGAUCGUCUUUUACUUGAAAUUUGAGGUGUCCCGAUAGCAUCUUGGACCCCUGUCUUGGCCCGCUAGAAGAACAUGUUCAACUGCAAUGUUAUCUAAACUUACGAGAGGUAAAUCUUUUUACCAAAACAUCUCCCCACUUAAGAUAUGAGCACGAGAGUUAAUAUUCUUGGAGUUAUAUUUCAAUGCUUUACGGGAUUCUGGCUCUUCACUGUAUUAGACGCUAUAAGAAGUGAGUCACUAAUGGUACAAACAUGACCAGCAAAAACGAGUAACCUAAAUUGCAAAGAGAUAAUAAUUUUAAUAUCCUUCCUUCAUUUUUUUAGUAUAAUUCUGCGGUUGCUGCAGACCAGACAGGACCAAGAAGUGAGCAAGGCAUUUCAACCUCAACCAGCCAGCUGUGAAUAAUGUUUGGUCCAUGAUCAUCUUUGCUAUUAAUGGAUCAAAAGCAUCAUAAUAAACGUUAGCUUCUGUAUGUAGAGCUGCGGCGUUUCACCAUGUAGGGAUUCCAUAUCUGUAUAUAAUUUCUGUUGUAUGAUCUGAUUGUUAACAGUAUCAAAGGCUUUUGAAAGGUCAACAAAAAUACUGCAUAUAGUUUCAUUAUUGUCAAUCAGUUUCAUUUUAAGAUAGACUGUGAGUUCAAGAAUUGCUUGCUCGGUGAAAUAAUUUUUCCUGAAGCCAAAUUAGUGCUUACAUAUAAUUUUUUCCUUUUCCAGGAAAUGAUUUACAGGAUUUAGCUGAUUGUAAACUAAUCUUUCAAGGAUUUUUUUAGCAAAUGGAGAAAGCACAGCGAUGGGACGAUAAUUACCAGGGUCUGUCACUGCACCAGCCUUUGAGACUGGAGUAACCUUGGUGAUUUUGAAAACAUCAGGGACAAUGCCUGAUUCAAUUGAAUUAUUAAACAAGUAUAUGUGGCGAAUGGAGAUUGCAGGCAAUCUUAAUUAGAUAGUUAGAGAUAUCUAUUGGGGCUUUCGGUGCCUAUCUAGGACAGAGAGUGCCAACUCAACUUGUGCUGAAUUCACUGGGGAGAGAAAAAAAAUCUAGAGCUAUGAUGUGCUGGGAGGAAAGCCUCACGUUUUACGCUUGAGUGAAUUGUAGAUGCCAGAUUUGGACCAAUAUUUAUGAAGUAUUCAUUAAACUGAUUCAUUUAACAAUAUUAUGUUUGUCAUAGCAAGCUUUUCCAUCAUAGUGUAACUUUGCCGGUACAGUGUGCCCUUUGAGGUUUGGUCAGACUGUUUUUUG